GAAGCGCAUUAUUAAAGUCGGCGGAAGUUGUGAGUUCUCAUGUUUUGCGCGCUACCUGCGCUUCUGGAACUAUUCCGCACGAAGCCAUUGCCAGCCUGAGCGAUUCUGUGAAUUAACGUUCUUUUAAAGCUUUUGGAGGCUUCAAGCUAGUCCUGAAAUCACUACUUGGUUGUUUUGCUUCAUAAGCUGUCAAUAUGGAGCAGAACAACAGCAUACCUCCUUUCCCUCCAGGGCUGGCAUCUCCGCAGGGAUCCAUGACGCCUGUCCUUUUCAGUCCCAUGAUGCCGUAUGGCUCAGGUCUUACACCACAGCCAGUGCAGAACACCAACAGCUUGUCCCUUCUGGAGGAGCAGCAGAGACAGCAACAGCAGCAGCAACAACAACAACAAGCAGCGGCCUCACAACAGCAGAGUGGGAUGGUGGGAGGUUCAGGCCAGACACCCCAGCUGUACCACUCACAAGUCUCCACCACAACAGCACUGCCAGGCAACACCCCACUUUAUACCACACCACUCACCCCUAUGACCCCCAUUACCCCUGCCACACCGGCCUCAGAGAGCUCUGGCAUCGUCCCCCAGUUACAGAAUAUUGUGUCUACUGUGAACUUGGGGUGCAAACUUGACUUGAAGACGAUAGCACUCCGAGCCAGAAAUGCUGAAUAUAAUCCAAAGCGUUUUGCUGCCGUCAUCAUGAGAAUACGAGAACCCAGAACAACAGCACUCAUCUUCAGCUCAGGGAAGAUGGUGUGCACUGGAGCCAAAAGUGAGGAACAGUCCCGAUUGGCAGCCAGAAAGUAUGCCAGAGUGGUGCAGAAGUUGGGUUUUCCUGCCAAAUUCUUAGACUUCAAAAUUCAGAACAUGGUUGGCAGCUGCGACGUCAAGUUUCCCAUCCGAUUAGAGGGCCUGGUGCUUACACACCAGCAGUUUAGCAGCUAUGAACCGGAGCUAUUUCCUGGAUUAAUCUACAGAAUGAUCAAACCCAGAAUCGUCCUUUUAAUAUUCGUUUCAGGAAAAGUUGUACUUACAGGUGCAAAGGUUAGAGGAGAAAUUUAUGAAGCAUUUGAGAAUAUAUACCCUAUCCUGAAAGGAUUCAGGAAGACUACGUAAUCUUGUUCUGAUAUCGCUGGUGAAUUACUUCCUGAGCCCACCAGUAUGUCUGGGGUGACCUACGCAGUUUUAUUUUCUUUUCUAAGCCUGUAAAUAUGGAGGACACAUUUUCACUCAAAGUUAACAGAUUUGAGGGUUAAAAAUGCUUUUAUUUUCUUUUUAAAAUGUUUAUCACCUGCUAUUUGGUUUUCAAAAUACUGUUUUAACGAUGUCCGAACAUUUUAAUGUUUUGAAUUCUUUUAUGGUUUUAUGAUGUUAAAAUGUUAAUUUCAUACUUUUACACAUUCCCUUUAUUAGUAGGUUUUAUGUACUGCUUUUCCGAUUGUCUGUAAGUGAGAGGAAUCAGUCUGUAGCAAGCAAUGUCCAUGUUGAUCAGUGCAUGGGGAACUUUUGUUUUAAGAAGUGCAUUUAGGUUAUUUUCCAACAACGCUUUGGAAACAAGUUUGCGAAUCAUCAUCGUUGUUGAAGUCAUCAUGUGGAUUUGGCCUUUUAAGUUACGGUUUUCAAAUGAGAUUGGUUGACAGAUCUAACGGAUUUAAUUGCCAUUUCAUUGUAUGAUGUCUAGGUCUCCCAAUAGCCCCAUGUAAAGCACUGACAUCUUAAUUUAAUACUUUCAUCUAUGUAACUAAUUUACUUUGCUACAUUGAAUGCAAAUAAAUGUUUGCCAACUUCAGUCUAUCA